GCUUCAUAAAUGUUUUAGAUCUUGAUUUCAAAAUUCAUUUCUAGGGCAAAAUUAUAACUUUUUCUUCUUCCUGUUCGUGUAAUGGAGAUGACUCGGUUGAAGUGUGGUGAUGAUAAUGACAGUGUUCCUAAGACGGAGAAGGAUGAUGAGAUGCCUCCAGAUGAACAUCGUUGUUGUCACGCUGCUGGAAAAACAUGGAGAUGCAAGAGUUUCAGGAUGAAUCAUGGUGGUGGUGGUGCUGCUGCUGAUAGUGUUCCUAAGACCAAAUUCUGUGAAAAACAUUACUAUGGAAGGUUUCCUUAUAAGAAGAGGCAGCUUAUGAAGACAAGUGGAAAUGGUGAAACUAGGGCUUUGAAAAGGGGAAAGAAGGUAACAGAGGAAGAUGAAACAGGAGGAAUUCAACAAACUACUAGUGAUGGUACAGCUGAUGCAAUUGAAGAAAAAGGUUCUGCCAAAUUUGGGACCAAGAAGAAAAAUGUCAAAAGAACUCAAAGGUCUGGAGAACUAAAAUCACUGACUAAACCUGUGGUUGAAACUAGGGCUUCGAAGCGGAGGAAGAUGGCAAUGGAAGGUGACCUGCUACUUGAUGAAACAAGUAAUCAACCAGCUACUAAUGAUAACUGUGUCUCUGAUACAAUUAUAGAAUGUGGUUCUGCCAAUAUUCGGAGGAAGAGGAAAAAUGUCAAAAGAAAAAAAAGGUCUGGAGAAUUAAAAUCACUGACAAGAGCCAAGAAUAAGAUUAAGUGUCUUGAAUUGUCUUUGGAGCUUGAGAGGAAGAAACUGGAAUGCACUAAACUGCAGGGUAAACUAGCCGAGGUAGAAGAAACUAGAAACAUUGCUGAGACUGAGCGGACACCCGCGGAUGCCACUGCAAGUUGGGAGAAGAUGUUUUCCUAUUUGGAGAGUCGAUUCCAGGGGAAGGAUAACGGAAAUUCAACAAUGGGAUGUGUAGAGUCUUGCAUUUCUAAUUUGGAGAGCCUAUUCCUGAGGAUGGAAAGUAAACAUUCAACAAUGGCUGGAUGUGUAGAGUCUCGCAUUUCAAAGUUGGAGCUUAGUUCUGGGGAUGGAGAAUGAAAAUCCAAAAACGGGAUGUUUAGAGUCUCGCAUUUCAAAUUUGGAGAGUCUAGUCCAGAAUGGAAAUUUAACAAUGGCUGUAGAAUCUCGCAUUUUGAAAUUGGAGAGCCUAGUCUUGAGGAGAAAGGAAAGUUCAAUAUCGAGAUGUGGAGAACUGCGUAAUUCUGAAAACAUGGAGUCCGAAGUGCUGGGUUUGCAAAAUGGCGUUAGUGGAAGUGGCGAAAAGCAAAGAGAUAAAAGCAAGAGGAGCAAACCUAAUGCUGAAACCAGCAGUAGAUGGAGGAUGGAUUCUCAUGUGAAUGAGUGUUAAACCAAAGACAAGGUGCUCAAUGUGUAUGAUGUUGGUGUCAAUAAGCAUCAUGAAUCAGAGUCGAUCAGACUUUCACAAAUACUCUGCUGUGAACAUUUCUUCUGGAUGUCUACAUUUAUCAAGUGGGGGUGAAAACGUUGAAGAAGGGAAUGGUAGGGGCUGUUUGGAUGUGAUACAAUCUCAACAUGGAUCAUCAUCUCAAGAUCAAUUGGACAUGAGUAAGAAGCUUUUCGUCAACUUGGUCUCAGAUAACGGUGGUCAAAGUCUUGGAGAAUCUGAAGAUUCCGAUACUUCUACUGAUUCAGGAACUUCUCUUGGUGGCCUUAUGGACAUGCUGGCGAUGAAAUACAGAAAUAGGAACGACGACAAAGAAAUGAAAUGGAAAUCUGAGGCUGAUAUGCUUUCCUCAUUUGAAGAGGAUCCUGAGCUCUGCAUGAGAGCUGUUUGUGCUCUCCAUCGACAGCAGAUAUCCGAAGACGAGAUAUCAGCAAAGGGGUUGUUCCAUUUCUCUGAUGUGCUCAGGAUUACUACUUUGGCCAACUUUCUAAUGGAAGAGGAGUGCAAAGGGGACCUGAAGAAGUCUUUGAAAGAGCUCGAGAUAUUUGGUCCGGAAGGAGUUGUUGACUGCAAGAGGAUGGCUAGAAGAUACUGGUUUCAGUUAUUCAGUGUCUAUCAAAACGGAAAAGAUCCUUCGUUCCUCCCACCUACAACUGCCAGCCGUGGAGAUUAAACGGGCAAGUGAUAGAUUGUUGUGUAAGUGGCCUUUGCUUUUUUGACUUGGCGUUACAAUCUUGCAUCUCCUUUUAACCUCCUCUAAUGUUCUACACUUAUGAAAUGUAGAACUGGUAGUAAGUGAUACUCCCUCCGUCUCACUCCUAAGUGACCUAUUUGAUUUUAGAUUUUGUCCCAAUGAUAAGUGACCUAUAUCAUUAAACAAUGAGAUAUUCCGGAAUUAUCCUUUUAGUUAAUUAUAAAUAAUAU